AUGCUAGACACAGCUAGCAAUGGGAACUUCCUCAACCAGGAUGUAGAUGAUGGCUGGCAACUUGUGGAGAACAUAGCUAACUCAAAUGGAAGCUAUGGAGAAGAGUAUGAUCGCACCAAUCGGAGCUCGACCCACCACUCGAUCGAGUCAGACGAAAAGUUGAGAAAAGAUGUUAAGGCAUUGAAUGAGAAGUUGGAUAAGCUGAUCCUAGCUCAGUCCACAAUGAAGAAAGUCAACUUUGUGUCUGCUGAGGAGAUGGAACCAGUCCAAGAAGGGGAGGAUACACAAUUUGCUGAGGUGUGCUACAUGAGCAAUGGGCAAGGAGGUUACAACAAAGGAUACUAUAAUUACAAGUCCAACCCUGCCAUGUCAUACCGCAACACUGAUGUUGCUAACCCUCAGGACCAAGUAUAUCCUCAACAACAAGCAGCUCGAUCGAGUCAGGUGCCACAACAUGGGUAUGGUCAAAAGAACAAUUACCAAGGACCACAAGGCACUUUCCCUGGACAACAAAUGAAUAUCCCACCAGGCUUCCCCCACCAACCGCCCCAGCCUGCACCUUCACAAGAGAAUGAGCUCAAGGCAAUGCUAAAGCAACUACUUCAAGGGCAAGCUGAUGGGGUAGUGGACACAAGCAAGAAGCUAGCUGAAAUAAACUCUAAGAUCGAGAACCUCAACACAAGGGUUUACUCUCUGGAGAAUCAUGCUUCUUCUGUUGCUGCUGCUACAAAGCAAGGACAACUACCUGGUAAAGCUAUUCAGAACCCCAAGGAACAGUGCAAGGUCAUCUUCACUCAAGAAGGACUUGUUGAAGAAGAGGAUCAAGAAAGGGUCAUUGAAGAUUUUUGUUUACUGCUGAAUGAUGAAGAGAUUGUUGCUGCUGAGGCUCCUGGAGUCCAGAUUGAUCAACCAGAAGUGCAUGCACCUACUGUGGCCAUUCACACUUCACCAGUUGAGCUCGCACGACAAGCUCGAUCGGCAGCUCGAUCGAGUCCAACUCUAGCUCGAUCGAGUCCGACCUCUUCUGUCCGACAGCCUGUUUUGCUUGAUCCUUAUCAACCGGUUGCCGCUUCCUCGUCUCGCCUACUUAGUCAAGGUCACAAGGAAGUGAUUCACAAGUUCAGAAGAGAUCUCAGUGGGAUUGGAAUUGAGUUGCCUCCUAUGGAUAGCAUGAGUGAGGCAUUUGAUCAAAUGCAAAUGGUCAAGGAUGUUCUAGCCAACAGUGAUAAAGUUUCAGAGGUCCUACAAGAGUCUACUCAUCAGUUCAACCUGCUUACUUCACCCACCUUCCUACCAAAGGUCAAGAUCAAGGGAAAUUCACUCUCCCUUGCACACUUGGGCAUCUUGAGAUUGACAAUGCCUUAG